CUUAUCGUGGGUCGCCCCAGCGCCAGUGACUCCAGUGACUCCAGUCGCUCCAGUCGCUGGAGAGCAGCCGGAGCAGCAAGACAACAGCCAUGCACUGGAGCUCUGGCCUCGUCGUGGCGGGCCUCUGCCUGUGGGCCACAUACUGCUCGCUGUCAGUCGACGCGGCCAACUGGGCUGAGAAGUUUGGGGACAGCAUCAACCUCACAUUGUACCUGAGGGACAAGAAUGUCACCUUCAACAUCAACGACUCCGUCAGCAUCCUUUCGCAUCCAGGGUUCAAGAGGGCCUCGCCCACCGUACUCUACAUGCACGGAUACACCGAGUCCAAUCAGAGCCGGAGCGUGGGGCGGGUGGCGAGCGCGUUUUUGAAACGAGGUGACCACAACUUCAUCCUCGUCGACUGGAACCACUACGUCACGUUCCCCUACGUGAAAGCGUUCUUCAACCUCUUCCAGGUGAGCCACGCUCUGGCCAAGUCCAUCACCCGCAUGGUGGAGAGCGGUCUGAAGCGCGAGUCCCUGUGGGUGGUGGCGCACUCGCUCGGGGGCCAGCUGGCCGGGGUCACGGCCAAGGACCUCGACUUCAAGCUGCCCCGCAUCACGGCCCUCGACCCCGCGCUGCCCGGCUUCACCUUCGACGGCAUCCCCAACCUGGGCCCCAAGGACGCCGAGUUCGUCGACGUCAUCCACACGGACUCCGGGUUCUUCGGCUUCGACCAGCGCAUCGGGCACAUCGACUUCUUCCCGAACAACGGCACCCGCGUGCAGCCAGGCUGCCCCAGCUACGUCGUGGGAAUCUACGACGGACACUGCAGCCAUCACCGUUCGUGGGACUUUUUCGCCGAGUCGCUGUUAAACGAGACGGCCUUCCCGGCCGUGCCCUGCGACAACUGGACCAAGUUCACGAAGGGGGAGUGCAAGAGCACGGACACCGCCUACAUGGGCAUCAGGGCGGGCGAGGCCAGGCACAAGCGUGGCAAGUACUACCUGGAGACGGCGGAGACGGCGCCAUUCGGCAAGGGCCUCUUGGGCGUGACAAACCUCACCUCGUCGAGCAGCUCGGUGUUCUCCGUGUUCACGGGACUCCUAAGCUCCAACCAGAAACCCUUGCCCACGAGCUGGGGAUGGGACCAGUAGUAGUGGUCCAGCCAGCUUUUUAUCGUCGCCGUCCAACUAAUUUAAAAAUAAAAUAAUAACGCC